UUGGUUUUAACAUUACAUUUAAAAAAUAGCUCUUGUGUGGAAAGAAAUGAAAUUCAUACAUGUGAAUUUUUUUUUAAAAAUUUUAAAAAUAUGAUCCGAGGAAUUUUACUGAACAAGAGACGACUAGCUAAAAUUGUAGUUUUAUUUUUGUUGCUUCUGGUUAUAAUGUACGUGACGAACAGUAUAUUCUCUUCAAAGAAGGAGCCUGAGAAACUAAAUCAAGGAAAUAGUUUACGUAUCCAGAGAAAUAAUAAAAGAAAUAGAAAUAAUAAAAACAAUCAUAGUGUAAAAUUAAAAAGGGGAGAAAAAGACUUAAAAAACACGUUGAAUACUUUAAGAAUUGUAGCCGUGGAAGGUGAACUUCCUCGGAUUACAAGAAAGAGAGUGUUGAUUGACAAGGAUAUCAUUUUCAAACGAAAACGACAAACAGAAAACAAAAUUACUGAAAAUAUAAUCACAACAGCUUCUGCCAAAACCAAAUUCCCCACAACAGACGUCGCCACUACUGCACGUAGAUUAUUUCCAACUACUGAAUCUGUUACCAUAAAUGAAUUGCCAGCAAAUACUGCUGAUGGUAAAGAUAUGGAAGAUACUGAAGACAUUCUUAAAAAGUAUACUGCCUGUUUCAAUCUGCAAUAUCGAAAGGAUAUGUUUAACAUCAAAGGAUAUGUAUUUCCUGAGCUUGAGAAGAAAUUUCGUAAAAUAUGUUUCAAGGAGUUAUUUGGGAACGAAAAUGGCAAUAUUUGCAGAUGGUCACCAAAUCAUUUAAUUGGUCCUUUACUGGUAGAUAUGGAACCAAUUGAUUUUACCGUUUUACAGAGUGAAUUAAAAUUUGUCAAAAUGGGAGGCUGGUGGAAGCCUUACAAUUGUAUACCUCGUCAUAAGGUUGCAAUUAUAAUUCCAUUUCGUGAUCGCGAAUCUCACCUAUCAAUCUUGCUUAGACAGCUUCAUGCCAUUCUCAAGCGACAAGAUUUAAUGUACCGCAUCAUUGUUGUCGAGCAGGUUGAUGAAUAUCCAUUUAACAGAGGGAAGCUGAUGAAUGUUGGCUACAAAGAAGCUUUAAAGCUCUUCCCAUUUACUUGUUUUGUUUUUCAUGACGUUGAUUUAAUUCCCGAAAACGAUCUGAAUGAUUACGGUUGCCCUUCCUCACCUCGUCACUUAUCAUGCGCAGUAGAUAAGUUUGACUACGAAUUACCUUACCCUGGUAUAUUUGGUGGAGUGGAGAUGUUUGUUAAAGAUGAUUUUGUAAAAGUUAAUGGAUUCCCUAAUGGUUACUGGGGAUGGGGAGCGGAGGAUGAUAAUCUAUAUAAACGUUUAUCGGAGUACGGUUUGACAUUGUCUCGACCAUCAAUGCAAGAAGGGAGGUACAAAAUGAUCAAACAUGCUGAAACACAGGAGAAACCACCCAACAGAUACGAUAAAUUAAGUAAUGCUCAGGAAGAAUUUCAAACAGAUGGAAUAUCUUCAUUGCAGUAUACAGUGCUGAAUGUAGAAUUUGAACCUUUAUACACCAAAGUGCGAGUUGAUUUAAAUAUGGAAGGGGAUAUCAUAUACUAGUAUUUUGUUAGUUUCAUAUUUGUAUAUUUUUAAUAAUGUAAUAUUUCUAUAAAAUAUAUCAAUUAACAAAAAUAAUUUCCGUUACCUAUGUUAUCGCCAAAAAAACGUCCUUUCACCUGUAUAACGGGCGCAAAGCGCGAGGGCUGGGCGGUGCUUCUUUACACUACACACACGAACACUGGGCAUUCAUUCGUUCAGUUCAGAUGCCGUAAUUUUUCAAAAUAAAACAUUGCUACCUACUAAAAACCUGGUUUAACUAUGUCUUAUUUGUGCUGCAAAUAGUAAAAGCCAUGUUUUAGUACCACCAUAGUAGAAAGCACAGAUGUCUCUUUUUAAAAUUUCAUGCGGAGCUUGAUAUCAAUUCAGAAACACGUGCAAAAAAACCUGAAGAUAAUUUUUGUGAUAGCAUAUUUUUACGAGAUCAUAUAAUGAGGAACGAAUGGCUCAGAGCAGACUCGCAGCGCUAAAAGUCCCCGCUCCCUAGGAUAAACAAAUUAAAAUAUACAGGCCUCCCACAGUCAGUUGAGCAAAAUAAUACAGGAAUACAGGACAGAAAAUGGUUU